AAUGGCAUCCACUCGACAGCCGGCACGCGACGCCGACCUCCCAUCUACCCUCUGCACCCUGCGGCCGCGUGAGUAGCGGAGGAGUGCCGUGUGCAAAGCCUUCGAGAUGCGCCAAGAAUUCUUGAGAGCUAAAGCUUUGAUCUUGCUCCUUAUCUUUCCCGUCCCGUGCGCACGCCACCUCCGCGGGAUCACGUUCACCUACUUCGGCAAGGACGCAUCUCUCACGGGAAGAGAUUUAUUCUCAAGGCGGACUCUGUUUAGGGCGUUGAUCAUCAAUAACAAAGAUUUGAUCCAGAAUGCCACAAUACGGAGGAGGACCAAAAUGCCCCAAGUGUCUGGAGAGUGUGUUCAAGGCCGAAGAAGCGCCAACCCCCGUACAAGGCCACACCUGGCACAAGCUAUGCUUCAAGUGUGAGUUGUGCAGUAAAAUGUUGGACUCCACAACCGUGGCUGAACACGACCUCACGUUGUUCUGCCGACAGUGUUACGGGAAAGUCCACGGCCCGAAAGGGUACGGCUACGGAGGCGGGGCCGGAGCUCUGAGCAUGGACCACGGAGAGAGAUUCGGCAUGCAGAGACCAGAAGGGGGCCCAUCAGCGAUGGCACAAGCCUAUGCUGGAGCAGAUUACCAGUGUGGACCACCUCCAGAAGGGUCCAAUAUCUGCCCACGAUGCGGCCGAGCCGUGUAUGCUGCAGAAAAGAAACUAGCUGCUAACCAUUCUUGGCACAGCAAAUGUUUCUGCUGUGCAUAUUGCGGCAAGGGGCUGGAUUCAACCACUGUUAGAGACAGAGAUCACGAAAUUUUCUGUGUUCACUGCUACGGUAAAGGAUUCGGGCCUAAAGGUGUUGGUUACGGGUUGGGUGCAGGGACCCUCAGCACCUCAUAGACUGGCACCGCUGUCUCGAUCGUCAUAUACGAAGGAUGGGAUCCGUGGAUUCUCGGCACGCACAAUCUAAACGGAGACUUCGGGGUGCAUGUUAGGAGCUGAGAAACCAUGGCAACGUGCAUUUCAAACCUUAAUCUGGAAGUGUUGACCCGAGUAAUGCCCAGGGAUCGCAUACACGUGCACUGAAACACCAAAUACCUGAAAAAUAAUGAAGAUUGUGUCAGUUCCAAAAUUUUUAAAAAUUAUUUUAGAGUCUGCCCCUAAGAACUGGCGCUGACAAACCCAAGCUACCGAAAAAGACGCACUUAAGGCUAGUUUUGCGAGGGGACUGGACGAGUAUCUGCCAUUAUCUAGCUUUGACCCGUUGCUUUAAAAUGGCCGUUCCACAAUAGUGCGGCACCAGGAGUUUGCAACACGUUGACCAAUCAUAACCCCCGAAACUUGUCGACCCAAUGCACGUUUGCAAUUAAAGGGUCGACAAAUUUCGCGCGUUAUGAUCGGCCAACGUGUUGCAAACUCUUGGUGGCGCACUAUUAUAAAUAGCCCGUAUUGUAGCAACGAUUUCAGUUUACCAUGAGCCUUUGGCCGUGUCCGAAACAGGCUUCCAGAGCUACGGCUAGGCCUAUAUUGUCUGCGCGUCUCCACCAAUGGAGCGAAGACCUAGACCUAGCUCUAGACCAGAGAUUCGGAUGCAGCCUUUGUUCCAUUACAGCAAACCCUCAGACUUUUUUUUUAACCACAUCGAAGAGAAACAGCAAAGUAGGCACUGGUGUAGUUUCCUGUCCAUAGUCUUUUGGGGUUUUCUUUAAGGCAUUUUGAACUUGUAUUUGGGCAAAUCAUGAUUUUUAAUGAAUGAGUACAUGGUUUGGAUUCUCGACGUUGAUUUCUUUCGUAUGUGACUGAUGGUAUACGAAAUACUUCAAUACCUCCCCUUGCCUCUUAGAUUGUUAGUGAGGUUAAGUAAUUAAUUCGUGUUUUGGCAUGCAUGCGCAAAUUUAUUAUGUAAAUAUGAGACUUUAUGUUGUAGCUCUAGGAACACCUACCGUAUUUCUUGUCCAUUAAUUUUGAAAUGUAAAAUUAUAAUUUUACGGAAAUUGUAAAUUAAAGUGGACUAUGUACUGAUGUGCCAUUUUUGAGGCUUUUCACCGUAAGUGCCUUUUUACAAUGUAUUUCUAGAACUAUGCAAAAACACUAAAUAAUUACUUUAGUUCCGAUUUCAUUGUUUCAAGUGUACAAAAUUCCAAAGAUAUUUAUCGUAGAAGUCUCUGUGGUUUAGAAUCUUAUAGCUUUAUCAAAUUUGGAUGUGAAUUGAAGUGGGCAAUUUUCUUAAAAAGAGCUCUGACGGACCCAACCCAGCUCAUGUAGGGCGCUCUGUUUGCAAAAGAAGGCGUGAGUUGUGCAUUUUUCAGUAUCCAAAGUAAAUAAUUAAAGUAUCCCCAAAGUGUGAUAAACUCAUUAAAAUUCACAAAUCUCAGAACAGAAUUUUACCAAA